UUAAUUUGAAACAUAUUUUGCAGUGUGCCGUCAAUACUGAGGAACAACAGGUACCGGAGGGGACCAGCGGCAGUUGGAAGAGGAAGAGGAGAUGUGGUUCAAUGAGGACGAUGACUUUGAUGACGGAGAGGCAGUGGUGCCUGCCAACACCAGCAACAUCAUCAACAAGAAAUUGUCCUCUGAACUGGACUCAAUAGGAAAAGCAAUCGAUAAGAAAAGUGAAGGUAGUAGUGGGAAACUGUUUGGAAGCGGACCAAAAUCGCCAAUUUUAAACAACAACUUAAACAGCAUUACAGGGUCCAGUCCCCUGAGUCCUUCGCAAGGAGACGUUAAAUGUGCGGCACUUUUUAAAAAGGCCCUGGUCGAUUACGAGGGUGAUUCGGACGAGGACGAGGAGGAAGGGGGGGAACUACUUCCAUCGCCGAAACGAGCAAGGUUCUCCUAGAAUGGAUGUGUUAAUUUUUUUUAUAAACGGUUUUUAAAUUUAUUUUAUUUAUGUGGUACACAGUGAUGAAAUUUAAAAUUAUAUUGUCAAUAAAGUGAGCUGCUAUAUAGUUUUUAUAGCCUGAAAGACAAUUAUUUAUAAAUUAAUAAUACUCAUAUGUGGAACGAAUUUGUAAAUACUUAAAUAGGAUAACUUUAUGUAUGCAAGUCCAGUGUCUGUGUAAAGAGAUCAUUGUGAGCUAUAUAGAUCAUCUUGUUUAUAUCUGUGCGGAAUAAAAUCCUUGUGACUGUUGGA